GCGCCAUAUUUAAUACAUCAGAAGCUAGCUAGCGUUAGCUGUUUACAAGCCCAAACUUUUAACUUGAGACGGAAACGUAAAGCAAGCCCUCAACAUAAUCCAACAUGAAUGUAAUAGACCAUGUACGGGAUAUGGCUGCCGCUGGCCUUCACUCUAAUGUCCGGAUAUUGAGCAGUUUGUUGUUGACGAUGAGUAAUAACAAUCCAGAGCUGUUCUCACCGGCCCAGAAGUACCAGAUGUUGGUUUACCACGCUGAUGCCAUCUUCCAUGACAAGGAGUAUCGUAAUGCUGCCUGUAAAUACAGUAUGGCUCUGCAACAGAAGAAGGUGCUCAGCAAAACGUCUAAAGUUCGUACUUCUACUGGUGGAGCCGCAUCUAACAUACAGGCACAGAGUUUGCCCUCAGAAAUUGAGGUGAAGUAUAAGAUAGCUGAGUGCUACACCAUAUUGAAACUGGAUAAAGAUGCCAUUGCAGUGCUCGAUGGGAUUCCAUCCAGACAGAGGACUCCGAAGAUCAACAUGAUGCUAGCUAACCUGUACAGGAAAGCUGGCCAGGAGCGCUCUGCAGUGACGAGCUACAAAGAGGUCCUCAGACAGUGUCCCCUCGCCCUGGAUGCAAUCAUUGGUCUUCUCUCUUUAUCAGUCAAAGGAGCUGAAGUGGCGUCCAUGACUAUGGAUGUGAUCCAGAGUAUCCCCAACCUGGACUGGCUCUCUGUUUGGGUCAAAGCAUAUGCCUUCAUACACGCGGGGGACAAUCAGAGAGCCAUCAACACUAUUUGCUCUCUUGAGAAGAAGUCUCUGUUGCGGGACAACGUAGACCUCCUGGUGAGCCUGGCAGAUGUCUACUUCAGGGCAGGUGACACCAAGAACGCCAUCCUCAAAUUUGAACAAGCCCAGAUGCUGGACCCAUACCUCAUCAAAGGAAUGGAUGUUUAUGGGUACCUGAUGGCCCGUGAAGGACACUUGGAGGACGUUGAAGUCCUUGGGGGACGAUUAUUUAAUAUCUCGGACCAGCAUGCAGAACCCUGGGUGAUCUCUGGUUGUCACAGCUUUUAUAGCAAGCGUUACUCCAGAGCCCUCUACCUGGGAGCCAAGGCCAUCCAGCUGAACAGCAACAGCGUGCAGGCUCUCCUCCUGAAGGGUGCAGCGCUGAGAAACAUGGGUCGUGUUCAAGAAGCCAUCAUCCAUUUCAGAGAGGCCAUGCGCUUGGCACCCUGCAGGCUCGACUGCUACGAAGGUCUGAUCGACUGUUACCUGGCAUCCAAUGGGAUUCGAGAGGCUAUGGGAAUGGCCAAUAACAUCUAUAAGACUCUGGGGGCCAACGCACAGACUCUGACCAUCCUUGCCACAGUGUGCCUGGAAGACCCGGUGACUCAGGAGAAAGCCAAAACCCUGCUGGACAAAGCACUGGCCCAGAGACCGGACUACACCAAGGCUGUGGUCAAAAAGGCUGAACUGCUCAGUCGGGAACAGAAAUAUGAAGAAGGGAUCGCUCUCCUCCGUAACGCCCUGGCCAAUCAGAGUGACUGUGUCCUGCACAGAAUGCUGGGAGAUUUUCUGGUGGCUGUAAACGAUUACCAAGAAGCCAUGGAUCAGUACAGCAUAGCACUAAGCUUGGAUCCCAAUGACCAGAAGUCUUUAGAAGGCAUGCAGAAGAUGGAGAAGGAGGAGAGUCCCACGGACGCCACGGUGGAGCUGGACGGUGACGACAUGGAGGGCAGCGGAGAGGACGGAGACCUGGAGGGCAGUGACAGUGAAGCGGCGCAGUGGGCCGAUCAGGAACAGUGGUUUGGUAUGCAGUGACCCCGGCCACUGAAGGAUACACAGUCAGUUCCACCUUCCAAACACACUGCAGCCCGUCAGAAGCUUUCAGCCACCAGGGUUGUCAAACAGGACACUCUAAUGCGGUUUCCCCAACAUCCUGACAGCCUUAUCAGCCACUUCACUGCGGAGCUAAUUGAGGCGCGUUUGCUCGUCUUUAGCGCUGCCUAAUACAGUCUUACCAGAGGACACUCAACCCCACAGACAAUCCACUUCUUUCUUUUGGCACUGUCCCAGGCGGUGCAAAGUACAACUUAAAGUUAAAUAUUUUAUUACAAAGUGAGUGUCGGUGUAUUAAAAAACCCUGCCUUUUCGAGGUUGAGUUAUUCCCAGGAUGCACUUGGGGAAAUGUAGACUGAAGCAACGGGUGUUAUGGUAAAUUUUGUUCAGGCCAAGAAUGGCUGGAGUUAUCCUUCACGUGUCACAGGGGGGACUGCAAAGAUUUUAAAUGUGUGUUGUUUGAGCCCGUCUGACUCACUUGUUUGCCAACGACUUUUUGUCUCCAACAGGCAAACUAGAGGUCUGUGAAAAAGUGACUAUGUACCAUAUUUCUGCUGCUCUUUAAAAUGUAUCCUUCAUUUUAACAUGAGAAUGUGUCAUAUAAUGUACAUGCUUAUCAUUUGUGUGUGUUGUCUUCUGAGUCUGCCUUUAUGUAUCAAAAAAAUAACCCUAUAAUUGACUCAUUCUUAAGUUGGGACGUGUUACUUAACCAUUUCAGGACACAUGUUUAUAGUAUUUUGUACAUAUUUUUAAAGUGUAUAAUAAAAUGAUUAAACACUCUCACUUGACAUGAAUGUAGUAGUCCAGUUUCUCUUAAACUGGUCCAGAAUUAGACAGCACGUUAUAUUGUUUAAUCAGUGGUUCCCAACCUUUUUCCUUAAGGGACCCCUUUUCUAUCACUGAAUAAACUGACUAAGUGACA